CGUCUGCAUCUGCACCACCUCCAGCGGUCGUUCGUUCUUGAAUAAUUAAACACGCCAUAAUUGUUACUGUUCAGUCGCUUUGUGUUGCAUUCCCAAACAGCUAGUUCUCCUUUUAUGUUUCCAGUUCUUGCAUAUAUAUAGUUGCGACCAUGCCCAACGUCCUCGUCCUAUCAUUUGAGGGUUUCUCCUUCUCGGCCCGUCAACUCUACCAACAAUUAUUACCCAAACUCCUCUCACGGGCCUCACUGCACGAAUCCACCACGAUUCAAGAUGCACUUAACUAUAUCAGCACGGGAUGGCCAAAUGUCAUACUCAUCACGGAUUCUGCCAUUACACGGGACGAUCCAGAGAGUCGACGUUUGCUCGAUGCGGUAGUGGAAUGUACAAAGCACGGCUGCACGGCAAUCACCAUUGGUUUCUUUGCCUCUACAGUUCAUUGGGAACGUCUCGAUUCGAUUAUCAAGGAUCACUUCCAUCUGAGAUGGCAAGUCACGGCCUUCGGGGACCAUGAGGUUCAAUUGUACACGACAGACGAAAAUCUAGUCCGGACCUCGACCUUGGCCAGGUCGUUUCAGUCCAAAGCUUUGUUCCUUGGAAGGGUACCGAAUUCGCAGUUGAUAUAUUCGGCGGCUUCGACACCUGGGACUUCGAUGGCUUAUGCUGCAAUCGGUCGUGUGGGGCUUGGGAAGUAUUGCUAUUUAGGGGAUCAAAAUUUCGGCGAUGAGCCAGAGCGUUUGAUCCUGGCAAUGUGUCAUCUGGACAGACCUGAAGAUGCCAUGACAGAAAUGGAUGAUUGACGUUGAGUUUGACAAUCCUUGGCAUGUCUGUAGAGGACAAGUCAAUGUAUAUUCACGCAAGGUUUAGCGAAGCAAUCUCGAACAAUAUAUCAAGUCUAGUGGUUCGGGCAUGAGAACGAGUCGCUCUUAGACAUAGACUUUUAACACAUUCCCAUUGAUUUGAAAAUUGAGUUGGACUUUAGACCUGAUCAAAUUCAACAAUCAGUACAUUCACCUUUGCCUUCUUCCUGCACCUUCUCUCUCUUCAACAGACUGGGUUUCGAAAGAUGAGUUGACAGAAUAGCUAUUGGAAGUACUUGAUAAACUCGCUAUCAGAUAGAAUACAUGGCGACAAGUCAGUUGUACAGUCGCCAAUAGAAGGACUGCCC